AUGUCUACAAAUGCGAAAAAGAUAGAAGAGGUCCAGGAAUUAGAAAUGCCAUUCAAGUUGCGAGAAAGACAAUUUUCACUAAUUCUCUCAAGACCAAGUCUAUUCUACGGAUUACCUAAAAUACACAAAAAUCUACAUAUUUGUAAAACUUGCAAAGUUUCUCCAAGCCUAUGCAUUAAAGUUCCUCCCCAUACUGACCUCAAACUUAGACACAUCAUUGCUGGCCCUGCUUGUCAGACCCACAGUUUGAUCAACUUCCUCGACAUCUUACUCAAGCCGUUUCUAAAAUAUGUGAAAAGUUUCAUCAGGGAUGACUUAGACAUGCUUAACUACCUCCCGAAUACAAUAAAUGAAGGAACCCUGUUAGUAUCAUUUGAUGUGGUGAACCUGUACACCAAUAUCCCACACGACUAUGGUAUAGAAGCAAUAACCUUCUGGCUAGAAAAAUACUCAGAAGGGAUCCCAGGACGCAUCAACCACAGACUCAUAAUCGCAGCACUCAAAUUCAUCCUACUGAACAACUACAUCAUGUUUCAUACAGUUUACUAUCGACAAAAAUGUGGAAUUGCAAUGGGAACCCGAGCUACCCCAGCGAUUGCAAACCUAGAAUGGGUUACCUAG